CUGGAGCAGUAAGAGACGCAAACCUAGCCUACUGCAGGAGUAAGCGAGUCUCCCAGCUGCUGAAGGCAGCCCCUGGCCAGACAAUCUUUUAUGGGGUUGCUUUGGUUUCUUUCUUUCCUUCAUUCUUCUGUCUUUGGAAAUGAGGUGUUGGAAGAGCUCAGGAUGCCUGGGACUACAUCUUCCUACGAUCAUCUGGUGAGGCAGGUUGAGGCACUUAGAAAGGAGAACUCUCACCUACGACAAGAGUUGGAGAACAACUCCUGUCAUCUAUCAAAACUGGAGACAGAGACCAUGGAUAUGAAGGAAAUGUUAAAGCAACUCCAGACCAAGCUGGAGCAAGAAGCUUGCAACUUAGCAUCGACUGGAAGAAUUGAAAUCCUGGACCAGCUGAAAGAGUUGAAUACCGAUGUUGCCAAAUUAUGUGACUUAAAAUGGCAAUCAAAAAUGGUGUGCUCAGGACAGAAUGAGCAUGGAUUGGAGCAACCAACUGAGAGAAAACAGACACAACAUGGUGGAAUAACACUGGAACAGGAUUCAUUGCUGGUGCCGCGUGGAAGUGUGGAGUACCUAGGGGAACUUAGUGAAGAAAGGGUAACGCUCCUUUCCGAGAUUGAAAAGGAAGAGAAAGAGAAAGCCCUUUAUUGUACUCAGAUCCAAAAUCUUGGCAGACAGGCAGAUGAACUCUCACAAAUUAAGACUGUUUCAAAGCAUAUGGAUUUGAUUCGGCAACAGUUACAGUACGAAGCUCAUCAAAUCAAAGCCAUUAUUGAGGAGAGGUAUGGGACGAGUGAAAAUAUGACAGAACGGGUUCAGAUGCGAAUGAACCGGAUCCAACAAAUUGAAAAGGAAAUUCUUCAGUUCCAGCAGAAGGCACGUCGGAGAGAUACAGAGUGCUGUGGAAAAUUAAAUGAUCAAGGUGCAGAGAGCACAAUGAAUAAUUUACCUCAAGGAUUGAACAACUUGGGCAGUAAGGUGGAGAUGGUGUUCUGGCUGCUUUCCAUGCUGGCCACCCGUGACAAAGAGGACAUGUCAAGGACAUUACUCGCCAUGUCCAGCUCCCAGGACAGCUGUAUGGCCAUGCGCAAGUCUGGCUGCCUCCCGCUCCUCAUUCAGCUCCUGCAUGACAGCGAGAGGGACUCAGGACCGAGCAGGAACGCCAGCAACAGCAAGGAGGCCCGAGCCCGUGCCAGUGCGGCCCUCCACAACAUCAUAUACUCCCAGCCUGAUGAAGGGCAGGCCAAGAGAGAAAUGCGUGCCCUGCAUGUGCUGGAACAAGUGCGCUUGUACUGUGAGACUUGCUGGGAAUGGUUGGACACAAACAGACAAAGCAAUGAUGUUGAAUAUAACAACCUGCCACUGCCUAUUGAGCCCCAGAUCUGCCAAGCGAUGUGUGCAAUCAUGAAGCUGUCCUUUGAUGAAGAAUAUCGGCGUGCCAUGAAUGAACUUGGAGGUUUGCAGGCAGUUGCUGAGCUGCUUCAGGUUGAUUGUGACAUGUAUGGACCUACCAAUGAUCCUCUGAAUUCAGCCCUGCGUCGUUAUGCAGGCAUGGCAUUAACUAACCUCACCUUUGGGGACGUCGUCAACAAAGCUACACUGUGUUCCAGAAAAGGCUGCAUGCAAAGUAUUGUGGCCCAGUUAGAGUCUGAAAGUGAAGAUAUCCAUCAGGUUGUGGCUAGCAUUCUGAGGAAUCUUUCAUGGAGAGCUGAUGUCAACAGCAAGAGGAUUCUACGGGAAGUCAGAAGUGUAAGCGCAUUGAUGCAGUGUGCUCUGAAGGCCAAAAAGGAGUCGACACUGAAAAGCCUGCUGAGUGCUCUUUGGAACCUGUCAGCUCACAGCACAGAGAACAAGGUGGCCAUCUGCUCUGUUGAAGGGGCUCUGGUCUUCCUCGUGGGAACCCUGACCUACAAGUGUCAGAGCAAUUCACUUGCCAUCAUUGAGAGCGGAGGAGGUAUUUUGCGAAAUGUUUCCAGUCUCAUUGCAACAAAUGAGGAGUACAGGCAAAUUCUACGUGACUACAAUUGCCUGCAGACCUUGUUGCAGCACCUGAAGUCCCAUAGUUUGACUAUUGUCAGCAAUGCUUGUGGAACUUUGUGGAAUCUCUCAGCACGCAGUUCAAAGGACCAGGAACUACUGUGGGACCUGGGAGCCAUCAGCAUGUUGAGGAACCUGAUUCAUUCCAAGCACAAGAUGAUAGCAAUGGGGAGUGCAGCUGCCCUGAGGAACCUUUUGACAAACCGGCCAGCCAAGUACAAAGACACUAGCAUGGUGUCCCCAGGUUCUUGCAUGCCUUCUCUAUAUAUGAGGAAGCAGAAAGCUCUGGAAGCUGAACUGGAUGCUAAACAUUUAACAGAGACAUUUGACAGCAUUGAAAAACUUAGCCCCAAGCAUCCCAAUAUCAACAAACCCCUCAGGCACAUUGAAAACCUGGCCAAAGACUAUGCUUCUGACUCUGGCUGCUUUGAUGACGAUGAGGGUCCCAAUAUAUCAACUGGGUUAGAAACAGGAGGCUUAAGCGUGCUCUCCAUGUACCUGAACUCUUCCUUUCUUCAAGGACAAGGCAUGUCCAGGUGUCGUAGUAGUGGAAGAUGCUCCGAAUCAGAGAAAGAUCUCGAUGGAAAUCUUCAAAAAUUCAAUCCUGCCACUGAUAAUGUAUCUGUUGCAGCAGAGAGGUUGGUAAACCAGAUCUCUACAACAGUAGCCAGAAUUGACAAAAUUGUGGAAGAUAUGUCUAACAUGCACACAUCCUCAGAAGACAGUUUCAGUCUUAGUUCUGAAGAUCAAUGCAUUGACUGGCAGUGUGCAUUAGAUGCCUUGAAUGAAACCAGGACAAAGUCUUCAUCGCCCUGUCAUCCAACUGAUGUUGCUAAUUCAGGCAAACGUGAAAAUUGUAGCAAAGUGCACACGUUUUUGGGUGCAAGAACAGACUACUCAAACUUAUCAAGUGAUAGUCUGGACGGUGUUAAUAAUGCUGGCGAAUGUGACACAAAAGGCCACGCAAAGGAAUCCUCAGUUGCAGACCCAAAAGGCGAGCAUCCUAUUUAUCAGAAAAGGCCGACCAACUUAGAUUUAAAGAAUGGGGAGAACAAUCAGAGAGAUGGAAAAGAUCCCGAUGGACAACCGAGUUCCAGAGAAUCUAGAAUUACAUUGAAUGAAGCCUGGGGGCUAAGAAAACCAGAUGAAAUAAGUAAGAAACGAUUCUCACCUUUUUAUGAAAAGAUCCACAUGGCUUCAGUUACUACGGGAAGCAGUCAAAGCCCGAGUCCAGGAGCUUCUCUGACACCUCAGAGUUUGAGUGGCAGAAAGCAAGCAUGGGUCCAUUCUGGAUAUUCACAGAGUAGCAGAAAUGUAAAUCCAGGUGUGCCUAGCACAUCUACUUCUACACCAAUUUCCAAUGACCAGGAAACUUUGCAAACCUACUGUGUGGAAGACACUCCAAUUUGCUUCUCAAGAUGUAGUUCACUCUCAUCACUCUCAUCUGCAGAAAACAUAUCAGAUGUCCAAAUUGGUAGUGAAAAUGAGGUCGAUAGUGACUCUUCUCUGGAAAUCAUUGGCGUAGAGAAAGAAUCACCACUGCCCAUUGAGAAGACAAUAAAUGAUGAAUCCUUUGCCUCAGAGGAUAUACAGAUCAAGUCCAGGGAUCAUCCAUUUAGCUGUGCAUCUCAACCUAUAGAAAUACCUUGCCCAAAGCAUGAAAAGUUUCUGAUAAGGAAAAAGUUAUCUUCUAGAAAUGUGGAUUCCAGUCCAUCAAGUCCAUCAGAAACCUAUUUGCAAGAAACCCCAUUGGUCUUAAGUAGAUGCAGUUCAGUCAGUUCACUUGGAAGUUUUGAAAGCCCGUCAAUUGUAAGCUCUAUUCAAAGUGACCCUUGCAGUGAAAUGAUUAGUGGUACCAUCAGUCCCAGUGACUUGCCCGACAGCCCUGGUCAAACUAUGCCCCCCAGCCGUAGUAAAACACCAUUGCUUGACCAACGAGACAAAGAUGCCAGUCAAGGCAAUAACCAUUGGGAUGGUGACAUGAAAAAACACAUGGAUAUCAAUGAUUUUAAGGAACGGUUUCACCUCCCUCCAGAUAUUGACACUAUGCUGUAUUUCACCUUAGAGAAACCCAAUGAAAACUUUUCAUGUGCUUCAAGUCUGAGUGCCCUCACCCUUCAUGAGCCAUAUAUUCAGAAGGAUAUUGAGUUAAAGUUAAUGCCACUCCUACAAGAGAAGAGCUGCUUUAAUUGCCGUGCGCAAGCAGAAGACUUCAGAGAGGAACGGAAUGGAGACGGAAUGGAAAAAGUUGAUAAGCUGGACAGCAUCCUGGAAAACUCUGAUGAUGACAUUGAGAUCCUGAAAGAAUGCAUCAAUUCUGCAAUGCCAAACAAAUUCAGGAAAGUGAAAACCUCUGCUAUACCCAGUUUGCCCACUCAGGUCCUGCAAGCUAAGAAGCCUCUUCAGCUGCCUGUUUAUAUGCUACUGCCAGCUCACUCUCAGGUAGAGACAUCUGGGCACAGCUCCUCAAAAAAUGACACUUUCAAAGAAGAUUCCUCAUACUCAGAUUCUGUUGACGGAACUCCGGUCAAUUUUUCCAGUUCAGCUUCACUCAGCGAUGAGACCUUAGAGUAUCCUCAAAAAGAAUCACCCAAAUUGACAAACAUUAAGGCUGAAGUGAUUGAGAGGAGGGAGUUACUCCCCGCAGAAGGACAAAAUUCUGAUGACUUAGAGGUGCCUAUAGCUGUAAGGAUGCACGACAGAAGUCUUGAACAAGGAAAUAAAUACAACUUAAAUGUAAAUAAUUCAAAGCUGGUGGUGCAAUCGCAUUCGCUUAAUCUGAACCAGAAGGAUGUUCUGAAAAGAAAUCAGAAUUCCCUCCCAACACAGUCAUAUCACGGCCAGAAAGGCCAUGCUUUUCAAUCAGGUGGGAUUGCAAAAAGCUUAAGAAAGGAUCAAACUACAUCAGGACUACAUGUGCUGGAGUUGGACACAAGGAAGAGCAAUUGUAAGAGGUCAGAAGAAGGACAGCAAGGAGUGGACAUUUCUUGUGCAGAAUAUAUUCAUGGAAGCUAUGCAUUUCAAUCUAUGCGACACACGACACCGACUGAGGAAGCUGUUUACUGCUUUUAUGAAAACGACUCUUUAGAUAUGCUUACUGUUGCAAAAGAUACAGUGAACCCAAAAACUGAAGUAAAAAGUGACUAUGAGGAAAAAGUCAUUAACCAAAAUGGAGUAGCAAAGAAUGAACCAAACCAGAACAAUAAAGGGAUGGCAAAGUUCCGAACCACCAAUUUGGCUAGUAAAACUGAACGAAAUAUAACAGAUGAAAGCCCUCUUUGCUUUUCCCUUAGUUCAUCACUAAGUUCACUAAGUGACAUGGAAUUAGAGGACACCCAUGUGAAAACACGGAAAGCAUUUGUGAAAUCAAGGAAAAAGUCUCAAGUCUCUACAACUUCAAAAUCUUUUAAUAAUGGAUGCCCAUCCUUAUCAGCAAGACGAGAUAGUUCACCCAGUUCGUUGAGCUGUGAUUCAGAAGAUGAUCUUUUGCAGAAAUGCAUCAGCUCAGCAAUGCCAAAGAAGAGGAAACAUUCUUCAAAGCGAAAGUCUGAGAGGUCUGCAAAGCAAAACCUGAAGAGUAAUGUGCAAAACAACACUGGGAGGAACAUGACUUAUGACCUGGACCACAGGAAGGAUACAAGUCAAGAUGUUUAUGGCUCACUGUCAGAUUUAACGUCUCCUGAUCUGGAAAGUAUCGAGUGGAAAGCUAUUCAGGAAGGUGCCAACUCAAUAGUCACCAGCUUGCACCAGGCUGCAGCCUGCCUUUCGAGAGAGCCCUCCUCUGAAUCCGACUCCAUUUUAUCAUUUGUGUCAGGAUUGUCCAUUGGAUCAACACUGCAUUUCACUCUCGAGCAAAAAGAUAAGAAAAAGACCCUGAAAGAGCAAACACGCAGUGUUGAGGGCGCAGAAGGUGUUUCUAAAGAUGGAAGGAAACAGAAUGAAAAUAGUAAGGUGACUGGAAGUAAGGCUUCAGUUGCCAAUAAAUUUUCAAAUGCAUCUAAACCACCAUCUCGGGCUGUGAGCUUACCUGUGGUUUUUCGAGGAAGGACUGUGAUUUACAUGCCUGAUAUGUGGAAAAAAUCUGCAAAUGCUACUCCUGCUUCAAAGAAAGCAGCACCUAAAAAUACCACAGCUUCCCAGAAUUCCAACCAGACGUGUAGGUCUAGAAGCUUGCACAGGCCUGGAAAUAUGACAGAAAAGGUUGACAGUACUUUACCAAAAAGAAGCGUGACACCACCGGCAAGAAUGGCAAGAGGUCCAUCAAGGAAUUCCACACCUUCCAGACAGCCCCCAAAGAAUGGUACACCAUCUGUGCAAUCUAAUAGGCAAGGGAUUCCACAUGCAAAAAAACCCAGCACCCACAAGCUCGAACAGAAACCAAGACCUCAAGCAACUUCCACACCAUCUACUCCAAAUAUCAAAUCUCCAGUUUCAGGGAAACAGCCUCGCAAAUCUCCAGCCCAACCACCAAACAUUCAGACACCAACUAAACAGGUAACUCCAGCAAAGAAGAUGCCCUCUUUUCAAAGGAACGAAUCUUUUGGACCGAAUAAGAGUCAAGGUUCUAAGAAGGUGAUACCACCAAACAGGCUAGACCUGGUGAGAAUGUCAUCAACAAAAUCAAGUGGCAGCGAAUCUGAUAAGUCCAGCUUUGUGCGACAGCUGACCUUUAUCAAAGAGUCCUCUAGCCUUCUCAUGAGACAGAAGUCUGAAGCUUCUUCGUCUGAAUCAGUCUCAUCACUGUCUCAGUCUGUGUCACCAAGAAGAAGCAAGUCAGAUUUUCAGAAGGCCUUCAUAAGUUCUUCUCAAUGCCAAGAGUUAAGAGUCGUUAAAACAACAUCCAACCUGAACAUAAGUCAACGAAAAGCCAUGCGUAAUGAGGAUGGACUCCAAACUGAGAAGCUUUCAAGGAGGCCAAGUUCGGAGAGCCCUUCAAGGCUCCCUGUGAAAAACAGCGCCACCUGGAAACAGGAUAAUUUUAAACGUUACUCAUCUUCUCCACAUAUUAAUGUAUUACAGCAGGCAGGAAGCCCAUCCUCCAUUCGUUCAGCCUCAUCAGAAUCUAGCGACAAAGCAAAAAGUGAAGAUGAGCCUCGAACUAAACAACAGCUUGCAAACCAAAAAGAACCACAGAUGAGAAAGAAUCAGCCAAGUUUGAAAGGAACAUGGAGAAGAAUCAAAGAUGAAGACAUUCCCUAUUUUCUCAGUAACUCUCUUCCACCUUCAGCAAUGGCAUUGGUAAAUAAAUCAGAGUCUGAACAGCAGUUGAACAAAGUGGGGACUGUGGAAACUAAAACCAGUGAUGCUUUUGUGCAAACUGAAGAUUUCCCCAUCUCCAAAACAAAUUCAAGCACAUCACCAACACUUGAUCUAAUCCCUCACAUUGCACAGGCUAUUCCGAGGAGUGCCGUGAGCAGAUCAUUUAUAGGGAAGAAUACAGAGACAGCAUAUAGGGUCUAUUCAGACAAUGAACUGGAACCUGAAACGAUAAUGCUGAUGAGGAACAAUACAACCACUUCAGCUGAGACUGAAAACUAUACGACUGUCCCAGGGCAUGUGCAUUUUAAUUCAAGUAGACAUGGUUCUCCAAGCAGAGCGGCUCGAGUGACCCCUUUCAACUACAUACCUAGCCCCAAGACAAUAAGAUCAGACAGUGGAUCUCUCCAACCACCCCAGAUACGAGCGCCUAUUAUUAAUGAGAAGACAGUGGGAAAAGUGCAAAGUUGAAAGUCAAAUUGAUCAGUAGACUACUUGACCUUAAGUACUUUAUUGCUUUGCAAUUUUCAUUUGAGUGAUACAAUCUGCGGAAAAUGUGUUCAUUCAUAAAUAUGCCUCAAUCAGUCUUAAUUGGGGUACAAAAUGCAUGCAUCAUUUAAUUUAGUUCUACUGCCAUCCAUCUGAUGAUGAGACUAUCUUUUAAUUAAGACAUAAUAAGGUGAGGUACUUCCUGCAAAGACACCUAAUAUCAACAAUGUUAAUGUACCACUUAUUUAUAUGUAUGAGCUGACUACAACAAAUGGUGAUACAGAUCCAUAGGUGAUUUACACAUAUAAAUACUGGGAUUAUUCCAAUGAGAUCUGAGUGACGAAUGGUAACAUUCAAACUUUAUGAGUUUGUUUGGUUUCUGUUUGGUCAGUUGUUUGGCAGGUUUUAACUGAACAAAGAAUAUUUGGCUGGUUAAUGCAUUUGGUGAAUCAGAUGCUAAGACUGUUAUGUUUUUGCUGAGAUUCUGCUGGAUCUAAGCUGAUAUUUAUAAAACUGAUAGUUAAUUUGGCAGUGGUUGCCACUUCAAUGAAUAUCUCAACUUACAAAGACAGCUACAAUGUGUGACAAUAAGGGGCCUGUUUCUCAGUUUAGAUACUUGUUCCAAUAAUAAUGAAGUUAGACCGUGUAACCUGAAUUAAGGCACUCAAUUAUGUGUACAACACUUACUGGAGUAUUGGUUAAUGUAGUAAUGUUCACCAUCCUGCUCGCUAAUAUGUCCCAUGAGUACGCGCAAUCACAGUUUAAAUGGAAAGAAGGAGAGUAGGCAGUGUAAUUUGUUGAUUUCUUUUACACUGGUGACCAAACAUAGGUCUUUUGUUUUACAAAACAGUACUUUCCAAAUGUCCAAUGUAAAGUGAAGGUAAAAACAGACAAGCAGAUUGAAACAGUUCACUCAUAAUUUAUUCCUAAUUCACAACACACAUUUAAAAUUAUGGGCUGUCUUGUGGUGUCGUGGUAGCUUCCCUAUCUCCGUGCCCCUGAAGGUCUCGGUUCAUAUCCUGCCUGUCUCAGACAUAGCCAAAAGAUUGAUUAAAAGUAAUUGAGGAGCAGAAAUGUAUGUGUUACCUGGGAGUUACAAUCAAAAGAAAAAGUGUUUUGAAAGGGUAGUGUCAUUUUCUAACCAAGCUUGCUUCAAUGUUUUCAUAAAAAUUUCAUCUUUAAAAUUUAUAAUUCAAAAUGUUUUAUGUAAAGUUUCCCUUUUUGUUUGAUGUUACAUUUUUUCAAGAUGUUCUAAAUAGAUUAGACUUUUUUUGCCAGUCCCGACAUUGUGCUGGCAAUACUGUUGGCUGAAUUUUUGACAACUAUUAGAAAAGAUAAAUGCUGAAAGUUUAACUUUCAGAAUUCUUACAAUCUAAAAAUGCACUCGAUAACUUAGUGGUUCAGGGAGAUAUGCAGUGAUAACUCUUGAGCUGUGCAAGGAUAAAUAUGGGGAAUACGUUCUGUAUGUUAUCCUUUCCGAUCUGGGGUUUAGAUUUUAACACAAUUCGAUCAGAAGGAAUACUCUUAUGCUGACGCCUGUGGUGGUUCACAACAUCUAUACCUGCAUUUAGUAUAAUUAUCACAAAAAUUGAUAUUGCCAUUUAAAGAGCCCAAUAGGAUAGUUAUCACAGGAAAUUGAAAUACCGCACUAAGUGGGCACAACGCUCAGUUUGGGGUUAAAAUUGCUGGGGAGUAAUGUGAUGCACUUUGUAUUUAAUCUGACCUGCAGCUGACCUGGAAUCAUUCAGUUCUCAUGUUUUGUGCCAAAAAUUUCCUCACCAAAAAAAAUUAGCAAAAGAUAUCAAAUCUUUUAAAAAUAAUUAUUGAACUUUGGCAAGAGGUGCAACUGCAAAACAAGUCAAUGAUUGAGAAACAUCUACCAUACGUUGGAAGGAAAGUUACCAAAAAAUACAUGAUGAGUAAGUUGAUGUUUUAUUUGAGAAUUGAUAAAAUUAUUGCCAUUGUAGUGUAAUCUUUGAUAGUAAGAGAGUUAGGUCCAAAAAUGACUGAGAGCAGAUUGGUACUUAGUGUGCUAUUAAUAAUGCUUUUACCUGACAGCGAUUUCAACUGAAGUGUUGCACAGUUGCUAGCAGUCUCCCUCUGUCUGCUGGAGCUGAGUGAACAGUAUAAAGACCGAGAGAAGCAGAACAGGAAAUUUUCCUGCAAUGCUACUCAAAUUGUGCCAAAAAUGCUAAAGCGGAUGUUCAUCCCUCACAGUGUGAAAACUGGUUGCUGUAUUUGCCAUGACAGGAAUCACUGCACUUGAAAAUAAUUUUCUGUGUGAGACACCUUAAGAUACCAUGUAGUUGCAAAUUUAAUUUUGCUUCUCUAACACUUGUUCAAGAGACACUCUGCAUCUUUUGAGCCUAGCAGGGAAAAGAUGGGCGUGCGUGCAAUGUUAACCAUAAACCCUGCACCCACGCCCAAGCCCCCAUACUUUUAAUCUGUUUGAUGUCAACAAUGUAAAAUCAGCCCUUCACUCAAUCCUUUAUACUUCCUAAGCAUUAGGAUGAAACUGUACUCAACUUAAGCUUGUGCGCUACUUGAAGGCUUUAGACUUGUGUCUUGGCCACAGGACAGAACUUCACAGGGGCAGGAGGAAAAGGAGUACAUAUACUGCUUGCUGUUCUCUCACAAAAAGUGUCAGUCAUAAAUCAGCCAGUUUUAAAGACGGCUACUACACGUACUACAGGCGACCUCAACAAAGCGUCACAACCAGAUAACAGGUAAUUUCCUCAGUGUGGUCCAUGAAAUAAGAGUUUGUAUAGGUUCAUAUGUAGCCCCGUUUGAUUGAUUCCAUUUAGAAAAUAACCAGCAGCAAAGGUUUACAUUGCAAGCAAGAUUAAAAUGUAGGUUUACCUCACAACUACUGAUGGGAACUAUUUAGGUAAAAAUUGUAAAGAUACUAGAUUAACAAAUAUAUAUGUCAUAAAUAUAUAUAAAGACUUAAAAUGGGGAUAAAGUUUACACAUGAAGAUGAAAAUAAGAUCAAUAUCCAGCAUCACUCAGGUCUAAACUGCUGGAAGAUUCUCUUUCUGAAGGGGUUGAAACUUGAAGUCUGAUUCCACAGCUGCAAUGCUCUCCACAGUCAAAUAAGUUGUUGUCUUAGAUGGAUUCAAUAAGCAGAACUAGUUCUGGAAGUGAGUGAAGGACCGUUUGUUUCACUUCUAUGGCUUCGCAGAUUGCAGCUCUCAGUAGUCGAUUUAGUACAGCAGUCCUUAAGGAAGAUUUCAUCUCGCCCUGGAUUCCUUUGCCUGUUGCUUCAUUGAGAAGCAGCUGAAUUUUCAAGAUGUCUCUCUAGUGGGAAUCAGAUGUUUUUUCUCUAAAUUUCUAUCCUUAGCCACAUUUGAUCACAAUCAAAGAAAAUGGCUGCAGAUGUUAACUUUGAUGAAUCAUUGUGCAACAAGGCAAAGUCAGUUAUUCUGGAAUUCCUUGUCCAGCCUUUUUUCCUGUCCUCUGUUCAACAUGACAAAAGCUCUGAGUCUUCACACCUUUUAAGAUUCAAUGUACCAUUCUGGAAUCCUUGAACUAUUUAAUUACCCAUUAUGAUCGAUUUUUAAGAUAGCACUGCCUAAGUGUUUCCUUUGACUGCAGUCGAAUCCUCAAGAGAAGUCAUCUGUUUUUGACAGCCAUUUGGUAAGACAUUUUAGUAUUUAUUUCAAAGAUAGGUUAACUUCUUCACAAAAUGUAUAAUGUAGUUCUAACAACACAUUCAUGGUAGAGGUGAGAGUGGAACUUCCUACCAUCAGUAAAAUGACAUCCUAACCGUGAGAGAGGCUGAUCGGCCAAUCAGAAUGUCCAGCAGCUCCACCUGUCAUUGUAGGCAGUCUCCAGGACUAGGAGGACAUAGAUUGUAGAGAGAGUUACGUAUUGGCAUUGAGACUAGGGGAGAAUGUGAGAGCUUUUGAAGCUAAGAUGGGAAUGCAUGGGUGGACAGAAUUGUUGGGAGGAUGCCCGUGAUGCACAGGGGACAUCAAUCAUGAAGGGCACCCUCCUCCUUCUCGCUCUUUUAUUAAAGUUGGUGCAGAGACAGACACCUUUCACUGCCUAGCACAUUAUGGAGGCAGAUUGAGAGCAUACAGGCAAGGUAAUUGCUUCACUGUGCCAAUGGGCUAACAGGUGGAUGGCCUAGUGGGCAUCAUAUCAUCAAACCAUAUUGGAGGGAAUGGUUAAGAUUACGGAAAGCCGUAGCCAGGAGUCUUACCACCCUAUACCAGAAAUAUUCCUGAAGGUGUGCUGUAAAAUGCGGCUCCCUAUGUAAGAACAUACUGCAGAACCAGAGGGAUGCUGUCCUUUCAAAGCUACUCAUUGUCUGCUGGUGAUAUCUUGUCUAGGGAAGAGAUAACAAGGUGUAGAGCUGGAUGAACACAGCAGGCCAAGCAGCAUCAGAGGAGCAGGAAAGCUGACGUUUCGGGCCUGGACUCUUCUUCAGAAAAUGUCUAGGGAAAGCAGCUUUAAAGCUACGUACACAUAAAGCAAUUAACUGUGCUCAUCAGUGGGUGAUGUAAUUUACUUCCACUAAAUUUAAAUUAAAGGAAGGAGAACAAUUGUGUAUUAGCAUAAUAAGCUGAACUUUUUCAGGAUUUUCUGCAUCAGAGUUUAAUCGACUGGAAUAAACUAAAUAAGCUGCCUAAGUCACGCUCUUUGUUCAUGUCAUGCUCAAAUGGAAAUCCUUCACUGUAAUCAUAAACAAAGUAAAUGUUUUAAUAGGGAGAAAAGUAUAUGGUUAAAGACACGUUGAAUUAGAGAAGAUAUCCCACAGAAAAAGUACUCCUAUGAAAUCCGAUUUGUAAGAAUUAUUCUAUGUUUUAUUUCAUGAGCAGCAUUUUAUUUCAGGCUUACAUUUACAGCAGUGAGAAAGCAUUAAAAAAUAGUCACUAUUACAUUCAUUUUGAGUGGAGCCUUUUCGAAAAAAAAUUAAACCUUUGCUGAUCUAACGUGAUGGCUUCACAAAGGUAGACUCAGCUCAAGGAGCCGCUACAUGCAUUUAAAGGAUUGUUUGAAAAACAGCUGGAUGUCUGUGUUGGAAUGAUUACAAAUGAACUAAAGGGUGUUUCAACCAAAGCUAUUUUGUGAUCAUGUGGAAAUGACAGGGAUUGAGGAAAAUGGUGAGAAGGUAAGAAAAUGAAGGGUUGGGAGGGAUAUGGACCCAAUGCUGGCAGGUUGGAUUAGAUUAAUUUAAGAUUUCUGGUCAGCACGGAGGAGUUGGACCGAGGGCUCUAUUUCCAUGCUGUACACCUCUAUGACUCUAUAUGGUGCACUUUAAGCAGGAAAGGAGAGAAUAGACAGUCCUUUUCUGACAUUUAAGAGUCCUAUCUUCUUUUCAGUAAGGUGUGUUGAUUGAGAGAAUACUUAGUUCCAAUACUGUUUCUGCCGAUACUUGCUGCUGAUUUCUGAAGUAUGGUUCUGCAGCUGCACUCUGAAUCUUUACCAAAGUGAUCACACUUCCCAGGCCGUAAAUGUUGAAGGCCAUUCUAUCUGAAGGGCAUCACAAUGGAGUCCUGUAUACUUACUAUUGCUUAACAAGGGGAAGCUUAGGGGUCAAGUAAUAUUUCCACUUGUCUGCUACCUUUGGCAUAAAUUUUUAAAACCUGUAUGCCCUUUCAGUUUAUAAAACUGUACUUCCUGUGGUUAAAUUUUUGUUACACUUCUGUUGUCAGAUUAUUCAUUUUAAUUUUUUUCCUCCACAUUUAUAAUGGAAAUUGCCUAUGUAAAUGUGUCACAUUCUUCCAACAGUAACAGUUUUGUAUCCCAAAUAUGCCUCUCUUGUGUCCAUAUCCUGUACUGCAGAGAAAUUCCUUAAUUCUAACAAAUUUUAUUCUCCAUCUCUGAUUACAGACGUCUAUUGAAUUGUAAAUAAAAUUGUCUACCUGUUAUAUAUAUAUGGACAAAAUCCUUUAUCAAUUGAAUUAUGUCUAUGGGACAUGGUCUAAUUAUCCACUGUUCCCAAACCCUCUUUCACCAGAAUAUUGUAUCUGUUUCUAACUUUCCCAAAUGCUAGAAAGGAUCAAGUCGAAUUUUAAAUAAUUGCAGUUGUAAGCUUGUAUUUCUGCUUCUGGUGCAAAAAUGGCUAGAUGUCAAAAGUUUAUUGAACAAUACAUUUUUAAAAGCAAAAACCAAUAACAGCAUAUUCAUGUAUGCUUGAUCUUUGACUGCUAUUGCUUAAAUUAAGCCUCCGAAACCAUUUAAAACAUGGCCUCCAUAGAUAUCAUGGAAACUCUAGGCCUGUCCUGUUCCUGCAGUUGUUUUCAAUGGCAAAGGAGCUGAUGUCGUUAAGCAUAUUCACUGCUGGUUAUUUUUAACCUCCAAGGUUUUAAAGGACAAAAUCUAGUAUUCAACAUAGGCAUGACUGACACUUCUGUAAUUAUGUGCUGUUUAAGUAGUAUGUGUAGUUUUCUUUGGCAUAACACGCACUGGAAUUCAGCAGAAAAUAUGUUUAACCGUGGUGCAGACAGAAUGAAGGCAGUGCCGUUGGGCUAAUGAGGGCAGCACUGAGGCUAAUGAAACCUCAGGCCAACACACGAUGCCAUUUUAUCACUGCCUCAUUUAAGGAUUUUUAUGUUUUAUUGAACUAAUGUGCAAAUUGGAACUUUUGCAUAUCAGAAAAAUGUGGAGUAUUUAUUUAUAACACAGUCAUGUAUUUUAAAUGUUUGUCUCAUUAAAAAAACUUCAAUUCAAAUUGUUAACAGACUUUAAACAUUUAUUUUUGCUAAAAAUGUCAGUUUAGUUGCAAAUUUAUCUCUGGGUUAACUAAUUUGCUAAACUGACAAAUAAGUUAACUUUUGUCUGUCCCCUUCCUGCUGGCAGAUCGGCAAACAUAUUGCUGCUUUGAUAAUUGUUUCCCAUCCUUCUGUGUUUUGGACAUCACAGCCAGAAGGCAUGAAGAGAGAUUCUAAAUAUUAUUUAAACUAUAUUCUCUUUUCUUUUGAACUGCACAUAUGCUGGUCACAACAUGGCUACUAGAAACCAUAGAAUGAGGUCCAUAAACAUUGUUUUGAGAAAAGCAAUGCAAAAAACUCUUGGAGUGUCACAGCCUUGUAUCAUAUUGACAUUCUAGUCAAACAGAUGCAAAGAAACCCGAGAUAAUGUUUGGUUUGGAAAAAAGCCAUCACAACCCAUUAUGCUUGAGCUGGAGCUAAUAUCCGACAAAUAAUCUCGGAAAAGCAUCAAAGCCAUUUUGUUAACUGUGACUUUCUAACUCUAUUUGAAUAGCGUUGAUGUCAUAGCUGUGACUUCUUUCCUGAGUGUGCUUUAUAUCAUUGGGAUAGAAAUCAGCAUGGCAGCUUCAGGCUAAGCUAAAGCCUACCACUAAACUCAAACUUUCUUGAAGUAGGAUUUUUGGGAAGAAACCAAUAUUGUGCCAGAGGAGUGAACAAAUUUCCAGUUUACAAGAUUAAUUUUACUGUGUCCUCAACUAACUCCACCUAAAUUUGAUGAAAAAUGAAUCCUGAGGAUCAGCCAGCUGAAAGACCUCCCUGGAUACUACCUUAUUGGAUCCUAAUUCAUGUGAAUUAAUGUCAAUAUUUUUGAUUUAUAAGUAAUUUAUAGUUGUAACAUUUUCCUUUCCUUUCUCUUUUUUGUAUGUUUGCGUGUGUGUGUGACGAUUACAGCCCCCUGGGCUCUUGAACGUGUUAAUAAACCCUAUACUGCUUCAGUGCAAAAGAAUUUGCUAUGGGUCAUUUUAAAAUUGGACACCCAAACAAAAUUUGGGGAAGGACACAACCAUCUUUAUUUCGAAAGGGGAAAAGAGGCGAAAAGAAAUUAAAGAUUUUUGUUACAAACAUAAAAGGACAACUGCAAAAAUAAGCCAAUUCAUUUCUCUUUGUCUAUCACAGAGGGCAAUAGGCAUUUUGACACUGACUUUUAAGGUAUCAUUUUUAAAUAUUUUGUAUCAUAUCUGUGGAAGGAUGAAUUUAUUUUUAAUUGUGAACUGAAAAAUAGUACAAGAGAAAUAUAUUGAAUAACAUUUUAAAAACUGCAGAAACAGAAACAGAAAUUGCUGGAAAGGCUCAGCAGGUCUGGCAGCAUCUGUGGAGAGAAAUUUAUGGACAGAGUUAAUGAUCUGCGCUUGCUUCCGUGACCCCUCCUCAGAACUGAAGUUCUGAUUUCCAGCAUCCACAGUUCUUUCGGUUUUUAAUUUAAAAACUGAAAAACUGCAAGCCAUUUCUUGGUAGUACAGAACUUAAACAUUUCUAAAAGGAGACAAGAAAUUGAAGCUUUUCAUCUUGAACUUAUCAGAAUUAAGACAGAUGACUGGCAAAAGGGACACCAGUUUUAUUCGGCAUGAGGAGUGAUUGUUGACUGGUUGGGCUGUCUUUGAUGUGGAGAUGCAGCAAGAAUAUUUAACUCGCAAUCUUAAUUCUUAGCCAGGGCAGAUAGAUUCUGAUUGGCUUAUGUUAUCCCAAGGAUUUGCAGCAACAAUUGGUUAUCUCCAUGAUCACUUUUUUUUAAAAAUGAAAAUGAUUGUUUUUUAAAUUAAAAAAGGCCUUUUCUGUGUAAUUGUGUAAAAUUGGGUUUGCUAAGAAAAAUUAGAAAUAACUUAUUCAAAAAUCCGUCGGUGCUAAGAGUUAUACUGGAAGCAGCUUUGGAUCGUCAGUUGGGCUUGCAGUAUAAUACAUCUGCAUGCACUGUAAGCCACAUAUAUAAGUACACAAGAUCAUAUUUUACACAGGCAAAUUGAAGUUGUACAUGAAUUACACGUUUUUCAUACCAAAAAAGGAGUCAUGGAAGCUAGCCGAUCUUUCCUGCAUCCUAAUGAUAACAUCUAAUCAGCCUACUUGCCUGGUCUGAGAAUUAAGAUUAAUAGUUAACUAAUAUUGAUGCAUCUCAAUGCCAAUGAUAAACACCAUCUUCUCUGCUUUAUUGAAGUCUGUUUCUUGUGUCUUGGGUCUGAAGAUUACAAGAUGAAAAACUUCAAUUAUUUUUCACCUUUAAGCAACUUCAAAUCUAUUUAUUUUCAUUGAAAGAAAAAAAUCUUUUAAAUAUUAUUUUGACAACUGCAGUUCAAUCAAACAGUUUCCUAAAAAAAAAGCUCUUGUAUUCAGCAGGACUCAAUAGGACAAUGACAUGGGUUAACAUGUCUGAAAGCGCUUAAGAAAAUCCAUCUAGAAGAAAGCUGUGCUUCCUAUUUUUGAAUCCUUGUGGUAUUCAAAGUGGGAGCUACAAUGCUCCUACAUUCCCAGAGGAAAUGUGUGUCCAUCAAAAUUGGCACAAGUUCCAUACAAAUUUGUCCUGUACAACAUUUCAAGUGGAAGGAAUCUUUUUCUUGCAAAUAUUUCCUAUAAUUUCUGAGAUUGUGUGAAGAGGGAGAAUUGCUUAUGAUGCUCCAUACCAAGUCUGUUGUGAUCAUGGGUAUUUAGACAGGAAGCUGGAAUUAAUCUUCCAUACAGUUGAAGGACAUGAUCUCCCCAUAAAACAAUGUACCCACUUACUUGGUUGAUAAUAAUGGAUGAAUAUGGACUCAAUAUUGCGAAACAGGACAUUUCACUUGUACGGGGACAUAAUCAAUUGUUGCCAUGGAGAAGUCAGAUAUGAUCAAUGAUGUACAAUUGGCAAUGUCUUGCUCAAUUCAUUCUUACUUAAUGAUACUAAAAGUGUCCAUCACUAGGAAUAAGGUAUAUAACCUACCAUCAAUUUUACUUAUUAACCAUCUGUGUUCUGUUCUUCUUUAGCUACUUAACUUCUGCUACCAAAAUAAGCAUCAUUUAUAGAUGAAACCUUUCCAGUGCCUUGUCCGUUUACAAAUAAACUGCAUCUUACAUAGCAUUUAAUUCAAGCAGAACUUUGUUGUCACAAACUUCGGUUAACAUAUCACCCUAAUUCUUGCCAAUCCAAUCUGGCUUCUCAUCCGUUAUCCCUUUGAGUUUUCUUAUUUUUAGCUUCAAAUCUUUUCUGGCAUUAAGUAGUUUUGUUCAGUGGUUAUUACUGAAUAGACCAUUUAUCCCAUGUGUAUUAAUAUUUGCUCAGUUCAUUCAUUAACCCUCUGAGGAAUUGAAGAAAGUUGCAAACUAGUCAAUGUUCAAUUAAUUCAUUUUAUAGAAGAUUCUGCAACAAAUGCUUUUUUCUUUUGCAUUGACAUCAAAUAGCCUUCCAACGGUUAUAAGAAAUUUAUCUUUGUGAAAUAUGCAGAAUGAAAAAUAACUUCUUAAAUGGAAGGAGCUAUCAAAGUAAGGACAAAGUAAGUUGAAUCAUGUUAUCUGCGUUACUUAUUUGAAAUACUAUUGCAGUCCCUAAAGGGCUAAUGUACUUGUCCUAUUCAGGGAGGGCUGGAUAAUCGAGAUGCAGUGUCUGUUCUUUGCUUUCCCUUUGAUAAGACUGCACACAUCACUGAACACUUAGAUCCUGAAAGGCAUAACUUUUCAUAUUAAUUGAUUUACCUUGUCUUCUGUCCUACUUAUUCCAACUUUGGUUGAUGUCUUGUGAUGUUUGUUCAAUGGGCGUGUUCAUUUUUUAAAAGGAUUUGUUUACAUAUGCUUAUAAAGCAGCAUAUUAAUAACUUGCAUCUUUGCUGCCAGUUUCAUUGCAGGUUCUUCACCUUGCACCUAAAAUUGAUUCACUUAUCAGUCCUAUCGUAAUAACAAUUCUAUGGCUAUCCACUCUGCUCAGAUUGUCACACAGGAAAGUAGCUCUUCAGCUGAUCUGCAGUGUAACAUGCUGUUGGGAUGGCUAUUUAAAAAUAAAAGCUGCAUUUCCAUUUAUAAUGAAACUAUUCUUUUUAAACAUCAUGCCAUGCUUUCUACCCAUUUAUCCAUUUCUAACUUCCCAGCCAUUGUAAGAAUGCUCCUCUUCAGCAUAUCUCAGAUGCUCAUACUCAGUUGGUAAUUUUUCAUCUGUAAGUUAAAGCAAUGAAUGUGGAUAGACUGAUCAGCUUAUGGAGAUAUCACAAUCAACUUCACUUCUGGUUGUCACCUGCCAUUCACAUACUUUUCAGCACUGAAUACAAAUUAUGACGGAUUAUGCCGUCACCCCAGCGUACUCUCAAUGUCUCUCACCCAGAGGUGUCCAGGCCCAGUUAUAUCAUCCAACUCUGAUGUUACAUUACAAUCUGAAUUUGCUUAACCAGCGAUUGAGUCUUGGAAACCCCUUGUUUGAUCAGCCCAGUACCAUAACAAAACCAUCUGAGAGCUCAUUUCUUAUAAUUUGUCUUAAUUUUGAGAAGAUCUGGAUUGAAAUUAAUAUAUUGGACAGUGUAAGAAGAUAUAAUCUGUUGUAACAACUUAUAAUUGCAGCAGGAAUUGAAAGAUAAGUUUGUAAUUGAGACCUCAUUAAAAGUGGCUGUUGUAUUUUAAUAUGAGCAGGCAAACUUACUAAUGACAAACUUCAAUACACAUAUAAGACUUUAAGACAUAGGUACAGAAGUAGAACAUUCAGCCCAUUGAGUCUGCUCUGCAAUUCCAUGAGGUCAUGGCUGAUCUGAUGAUCUUCAACUUUGUUGUCCUUCCUCUCUCCCAUAACCCUUGAUUCACUUGCUAAUUAAAAAUCUGUCCAUUCUGCCUUGAAUAUACUUACUGACCAAGCCUCUCAAGACUCUGCAGUAAAGAAUGCCACAGAUUCACUAUCCUCUGAGAAAAGAAAUUCCUCCUCAUUUCUGUCUUAAAUGCGCAAUACCUUGUUUUAAGAUCAUGCAUCUAGCCCUAAACUCUUCCAGAACAGGAAACAACCUCUCCACAUAUACCCUGUCAAAUCCUCUAGGAAUCCUGCAUGUGUCAAUAAGACUGCCUCUUGUUGUUCUACAUUCUCUAUUCACAAAAGGCCCAAUCUAUUAAAACCUCUCCUUAUAAGACAGUACUCCUAUACCUGGUAUCAGCCUUGUGAACCUUCUCUCGACUGACUCCAAUCCUUAGAUAUAGGGCCCAAGACUGUUCACAGUAUUCCAGCUGUGGUCUAAUUAGUAAAACAAUAUAAAUACUGUAAAUUGAAACAAUUUUGCGGUACAAUGUUUCAUAGAAGUCGGUGCUUCAGUUCAGUUGUCACAAAUUCUGAAAUUUGCAAAUAUUGGUUCUUUGCCAUUUGGCAAAACUAGGCAAUUAUGACAGUGUGCAAUUUUUCUUUCUCCUCUCAGCUGACUGGCACUAAAUGUACAUUCCAUUAUACACUGCAUUCUCAUUUUCACAUAGGGUGGAAUUUUUACUUUCCUGAGGUAGCGGGAUACAUGGACAAUUGGAAAAUACUUGCGCAAAUUGGACCUGGAGAGAAACUAACCCCUUUCUCACCACCUCUACAAUUAAAUGCUGGGCGAGGAGGUCCAUGGCAACUUUCUUAACUUAUUUACAAUUAAAAACCUUAAGUGGUUAAUGAAUGGCCAAGUAGGAGCCUUAAGUUGCCUCUUUUCUGAUUACCUGCCUCCUCAGAAGGCAAAUAAAAUGGCUAAUUUCAUGCCUGAGAAACCAGGGUGACCUGCCUAUCACUGGGGUUUGGUAAGGUAGGCAUUCGGGGGAAUGGAUUCUGAAAGCGACUCCCUGCACUUGCCCCUGACCACCGCCUGCUUCUUCUCCAUCUCCUUGCACACAUUUCUUGUAAAGAGCUUUGGGACAUACUGAGUUUGUGUAAAACACUGUAUAAAUGUAAGGUUAUCUUCUAUCUUUUACUACAUUUAGCAAAUUAAUGUUUCCUGUCCCAAAUCCUGCAUGAUGGGACUUUGAAUCAGGAAUUUAACUACAAAGCUAAGCCGUCUCUGGCAUAAUGAGUAUAAAAAUUGCAGUGCAUGCAAGUUUCUGCAUGUGAAUUCCCCACAGAAAUCUUAUGCUAAGCUCUAUGUCAAAGCAUUAAUUUGUGAAACGGAAUUCAUAAUAUCUAGGACCACAGAUGAAAUAUAAUAUCAGGUGAAUAAAAAUGACAUUGAGCUAAACUUAAUGCAGUACAGAUUCAGUGGGCUAAAGGACCAGUUAUGUACUGCAUGAUUCUACGAUUCAAUGAGUGUAUGAAUUACUAUUAUGUUAUAGUUACCUGUGAUACAGUAGGUACGACAGAAAUUCUAUUAUUUCUGAAAAUACCUUUCAAACUGCCCAACAUAAAUUCCUCAAUAAAAGGUACAGAUAAAGUUGCCAUAGUCCUACAAUGCUGGUCUCUCAUUAGAGAGAGAAAGACAAUUAGUAGUGGUUCAACCUGAAGGUCACCAUGUCUCAAGCAUGGGGUGGGGAUUCUUCAAUACGCAGUAAUAGAGGAUCCAAUGUCUCUUUAUCAUACACAGUCCUGUAAAAGCAAACAUUCAAAAUGACACAGAAUAAGUCUGUAAAAGCCAUGCCAUUUUUAUGUGUUUACGAAAAGGAAGAAUAAAAGGUGUUACAAGCAAAAGGCAAGGAAAUUAGAUUUUCAUAGCUAAGUUUGCAAUUAAAAGUAUCUAAGUGAUGUAUUAAAUGCCAUUUUUCUUUCUGCACUGAGAUUCCAAGUACUAAAUACUGUGAUUGUAAAUACUAAGUAGCAAAUGAUCCAACUAAUACACUUUGGUCCACUAAUUUCAUAUUCAUGAUUUACUUAAACUAAGAAUGCUUUUUAUAUAUAAGAACAAAAUCACAUGCAGCACAAUUUCUAUCCAUUAAUAAUUAAUAUAUUAAUCAUCUUAUGUCUGUGCGAAUUUUGUGCCAAUUAUCUUCAUUAUAAACUGGUUAUGUAAGCAUUUCUGAGGUUGCAUUCUUUAGCCAGAGGGCCCAUUGCAGCAGUACCAUUGACAGGAGGGUGUAAUUACAGUGUGAAACAUUUACAUAUACUGCUUCCAUUAUAACUCUGAAUGUUGGAAUUUUGGGAAAUAAGGGAAGAAUGUAUGGGUUUGAAAUGGCACCUGAGGGCAUAUACAUGUUCCUAGUCCAAUUAUAAUCUGCCCUCUAACUUUGCUUCACCUGGACUAUUCUUAUCGUAAUUCCCUGUUGAAAAGCAUUGAUAUUUUUUAGUUGUACAUAAAAAUUAAUUUUUUUGUCAAUGUGCUUCAUUAUGCAUAAAUUAAUGCAUCCACUUUUAUAACAGAAACUGCCAACAUAAACUCGGCAAGAUAGCUUUGGUAAAUGAGACUUGCUAGGUGGCUCCUUUGGGAGCCGGUACAGGCAGUGGGUUGAAUGGUCUCCUUCUGUGUUGUAAAUUCUAUGAUUUUAUGUAAUUACACUGGACUUCCAGUGGAGGCAUGACAAUUUAUAGCCACAGUUCCAUACAAAUGUUCUCUAACAGAAAUGUUGAAAUAAAGCAGGAAUGUAUGAUUUUGAAAUGGUAACCGAAUCAUUGCUUAGUAUUCUGGUUCAGAUUACUCCAGCCCUCCAAACUCAGAUGUAAUAUCAUUAUUCAAAACAUGUUGGUCACUAAUUUUAAUAAGUCACUGUACCUUUUGUGAAGAAAAUUACUUAGUUCCUGAUAGAUGGGGGUUAGCUUUCUUUUCUUAAACUUUACUGCAGACACACAAAAGAUUAAAAUAUAACAUGUUACCUUUCAAGGACUACACGUUUUAUGUUACCAUCCAGAUCUGCCAAGUUGGUCUUAAUGAGACCUGAACAUCUCAAAUCUUGGAGUAGGGUAACUAAAUAUUGAUUAUUUUGAUGGAUUUGUCCAGUGUAAUAAACAAAUCAUAUAAGCAGUGUAUAAUAUUUCCAUACAUUGAACUGUGUAUAAUAUCUGCAACUUCAAUAACAGGAAUAAUUAAUUUUCUGUAAUGGACAGUUUCAAUAAAUUUCUGUUUAUGUUGGAGUUGGUGCUCCCCAGAAACCUUUACACAGUGUUACACUGUGAAGUAAAUUAUUUUGCAUCAUUAUCUUUCUGAAAUGUUGUGUUAGGCUGUUGUUUUUGAUUUAUUUAAUCAAAGUAUUGAAUUUUUUUUAACAGUAAGUUCGAGGAUAAUUGAAAGAAAAAAUGAUGUAAAUAAUGCAUAUUUCUCUAAAUUCUUGAUUCUUGUGUAACUUUUGAGUCAUUGCCAUGAACAAAUGUGAUGUUGAAUUAUUGUGUACUUGUGUGUUUUCUCCCACAUUAUUAAAGAAGAAAGCAAAU